AUGAAGCUUUCCACUGCUGCGCUCGUAGUCGCUUUCUGCCUUCAGGGUGCGAUCGCUGCCCCGGUCAUCGCAGAGAUCGAUACACGAGGCCACCACGCUAUUAUCAACAGUGACGGACAGCUCGACGCAAGAGGCCAUCAUGCCAUUAUCAACAGCGACGGAAAAAUUGAAGCUCGAGGCCACCAUGCUAUCAUCAACGGCGAUGGAAAGCUUGAUUCACGAAGUCAUAACGCCGUCAUCAAUAACUAUGGGAAGCUUGAUGCACGGGGACACCACGCCAUUAUUAACAGCGAUGGAAAACUUGAUGCGCGGGGUCACCAUGCUAUCAUCAACAGUGACGGGAAGCUCGAUGCGCGAGGUCACCAUGUGAUUAUCAACAGCGAUGGGAAGAUCGAUGCGCGAGGCCACCAUGCCAUUAUCAACAGCGAUGGAAAGCUUGAUGCUCGCGGUCACCACGCGAUUAUCAACGGUGAAGGAAGGAUAGAUGCACGAGGCCAUCAUGCUAUCAUCAACAGCGAUGGGAAGCUCGAUGCGCGGGGACACCACGCCAUAAUCAACAGCGAUACCGAGCUUGAUGCCUGA